AUGUUCAGCUCGACCAAGUGGCAGUCCGCGCGCGACGCAAAGAAGGCGGAGCAGCGCGAGUUGAUCGAGCGCGGGAAGGAGGUGGUGCAGAUGCAGGCGGCGGGCAUCUCGGACGAGCUCGACAAGGCCAUCCUCGGCGCGACGGCGGUCGAGAUUGUCCGCAACAUAGAGGAGAAGAAGCCCGGCUGGACCGCGACGAACGUCUUGCUCGUCUUCAUUCGCUCGGCCAUCCGCGCGCACGAGUCGACCAACGCCCUCACCGAGAUCCUCUUCGACGAGGCGCUCAAGCGGGCUCAGGACCUCGACGCCGAGUUUGCCAGGACGGGGAGAGUCGUCGGACCGCUGCACGGCGUGCCCGUUUCGCUUAAGGACCACAUCGACAUCGCCGGCUACGACACGACCAUGGGCUUGACGCACAUGACCUCGCAGCCCGUCGAGCAGGACUCGGGAAUCGCUCGCGUCCUCAAGAAGGCUGGCGCGGUCCCGUUCGUCAAGACCAACAUUCCGCAGACGAUGCUAGCCUUCGAUUGCGAGAACCCACUGUUUGGCGCCACGAACAACCCGUACAACCCCGAGCGCAUUCCUGGCGGAUCCUCAGGCGGCGAGGCAGCCUUGCUCGCGAGCGACGGCUCCGUUCUCGGCAUCGGCAGCGACAUCGGCGGCUCGCUCCGCAUCCCGGCCCACUUCAGCGGCUGCUUCAGCCUCAAGCCCUGCUCCGGCCGCUUCCCCGCCAGCGGAUGCCAGAACUUCACGCCAGGCUUCGAAGGCGUCCACUCGACGAUGGGACCGAUGGGCCGCUCCGUCUCGGACGUCGAAGCCCUCACGCGCCUCUUCCUCGACGCCAGCAUCGACGUCUCCCGAACGGAAACGGGCGUCUUUCCCAUGCCUUACAGGAAGGACGUCGAGUUGCCGAAGAAACUCAAGUUCGGCUACUUCCUCACGGACGGGUUUUGCAAGGCUAGUCCGGCGUGCGAGAGGGCGGUUUUGAUGGCUGUCGAGGCGCUGAGGAAGAAGGGGCACGAGUGUGUCGAGUUUGAGCCGCCGACUCCCCUCGAAGCGAUGGAGUACUUUACGGCGCUCACUUCGGCGGACCGCUACGAAACCCUCCUCUCCUUCCUCCGCGGUGACCCCGCCGAAUCCGCCCUCUGGCUCGUCACGAUAGGUCCCAAGUUGCCCGCCCCCAUCCGGUGGUUCCUCAACUGGGUCUUUGAGAGCGUCAUGGGAGACCCGAAGAUGGCGAGGUUGAUGAGGGCCAGUAAGGGGAAGAGCGUGGUCGAGGUACAGCAGUGGCAGCAUAAGAGGGAUGUGUUUGUCGACAGGGCGCGCAAGCAGCUUUGGGAAGAGCACGGGUUCGAUGCGGUCCUCUGCGCUCCGCAGGCGACUCCCGCUCUCAAGCACGGCGAGACCUGGGACCUCUCCGUCCUCGCCAUCGGCACCAUCCUCUGGAACGUCAUUGACAGUUCGGUCGGCCACCUCCCCAUGACCUUUGUCGACUCCACUCUCGACGCCCCCUCUUCAUCCUGGUGGGACGCCCAACGCGCCUCACCGGGCUCACCGAUGGUCGAGAAGCGCGUGUACGGAAAGGGCGGGGUGUACGACGCGAAAGCGAUGGAGGGCUUGCCGGUUGGGUUGCAGAUUGUUGGGAUGCAGUAUGACGAGGAGAGGGUCAUUGAGUUGAUGAAGGUUGUGGAUGAGGCGGUCGGGAAGAGGGGGUUCGGGCCCGGCGAGUUCAGUAAGAAGAUGAAGGGCGCGGAGAGGGUUUAUUGA